UGUUACAAUCUGGAGAACGAAAGCUGGUGUUUUUGAAAGUACAGCAAGAGGAUUACUUACCAUGGAUGUCGGACUAUUGUGUCAACACAACUUUUGGGUUGUUUCAUUGUGCUUUCUUGCAACUUGUAAACGUUAUCUGAUUCUUUGUCUCAUUCAAGCAAAAAAAGUGAAACAAAAUAAUGAAAUUCCCUCUGAAAAACAUGAACCAUAUAGAUCCAUAUAUUAUGGAGAAAUCUGCCUAGCGUGGUUCUGAAGCUAGAACAAAGCAAGGAAGCAAAGAAAAUGCUUUGCCAUUUUUAAGGAUUCUAAAGGCGCAAAUGUGCUCUGUGAUGAUAUGAAAAAACUGAAAGAAGUGCGUCUCCUCGUCGUCUGGCAUGGAGCGCCUCGGUCACUUCACACCAACCGCAGCAAAUUAUGAACAGGUAAUGAAUGUCUCAAGCAACAGUACUAAUGUGACAUACGCAUCUAAAAGUGACGAGGAAGGGAUAAGUCUUGUUUUCCAAAUAACGGUUGCGUUAAUUCUUGGUGCCAUCACUCUCGCCACAACACUAUCGAACGCAUUUGUUAUUGCGACGAUUUCCCAGUCAAGAAAGCUCCAUACACCAGCGAACUUCUUGAUAGCAUCUCUUGCUGUCACUGAUCUCUUGGUGUCCGUGCUCGUGAUGCCAAUAAGUGCGCUAUACACGAUCAGUCACACGUGGACGCUCGGACAAGUUAUAUGUGACAUUUGGCUGUCUUCAGAUAUAACUUGUUGCACUGCAUCGAUUCUGCACUUGUGCGUAAUUGCCUUGGAUCGAUAUUGGGCGAUAACUGACGCGUUGGAGUAUGCCAAAAGGCGCACUACAAGCCGGGCAGCAGGAAUGGUGGCGACCGCUUGGAUCAUCGCUAUUUCUAUUUCCGUUCCUCCCUUCUUUUGGCGACAGGUGAAGACAGGGGAGGUAACCAGCUGCGCCGUGAACACGGACCACAUUUUUUACACCAUUUAUUCCACAUUUGGGGCAUUCUACAUCCCAACUUUGCUGCUUAUUGCCUUGUAUGGAAGAAUAUAUGUCGAGGCGAGGAAGCGUAUCUUGAAGAAGUCGCCAAAAAAAGUCGGGAAAAGAUUUACUUCAGCGCACCUCGUCACAAACUCUCCCGGGUCGGUAUCUUCCAUGACUCCUUUGCACUGCGGACGGCAGGAGCUGUGCUCCAGUGACACCGGAUCACUUACGACUGAAAGCCAGAUUAAAAUCAUCGUGUCCGAUUCACUUUUGGAGAAAAAGAGGAUUUCGGCUGCCAGAGAGAGGAAAGCGACGAAAACACUUGGCAUAAUUUUAGGAGCCUACAUAGUGUGCUGGUUGCCAUUUUUCAUUUAUACACUUUUGGUACCACUUUGUCCAUCCUGCCCUUUAUACGCAGAACUGUUUGACUUUUUCACAUGGCUUGGCUACCUCAACUCAUUAAUAAAUCCUAUCAUAUACACAAUGUCAAAUGAUGAUUUUAAAAAAUCUUUCCAUAAGCUUUUGAACUUUAGAUGUUACAGAUAAGCACUUGGGGAAUUUGAAAAGUAUGUCACAUCCCUGAAAUAGGAAUAAAUUAGCAAUGAGUAAUAUGUGUCAUCUCCAACAGAUCUCGAACAUCCUACUGCUUAAUAUGGCUGCAAUAUUUUGUCCAUGUUGCAUCGUUAUUUUGCAGUCAUUAAAAUGUCGAAUUACAUUGUUGUAUGGGUAUUGCUAAGCAACGAAGUGCUGAAAUGAAAUAAAUGAUCGAUUAAAGCUCAUUACUAAGCAACUGAUGCAAUUAUAGAUGAGUAAAGUUUUCUUUUUUCGUC